AGUGGGGGGCGGCGGCCAGCAUGCGGCCCCGCAGCGCCCUGCCCCGCCUGCUGCUGCCGCUGCUGCUGCUGCCGGCCGCUGGGCCGGCCCAGUUCCACGGGGAGAAGGGCAUCUCCAUCCCAGACCACGGCUUCUGCCAACCCAUCUCCAUCCCGCUGUGCACGGACAUCGCCUACAACCAGACCAUCAUGCCCAACCUUCUGGGCCACACGAACCAGGAGGACGCGGGCCUGGAGGUGCACCAAUUCUACCCGUUGGUGAAGGUGCAGUGCUCCCCCGAACUGCGCUUCUUCUUGUGCUCCAUGUACGCGCCCGUGUGCACCGUGCUGGAGCAGGCCAUCCCGCCGUGCCGCUCCAUCUGCGAGCGCGCGCGCCAGGGCUGCGAGGCGCUCAUGAACAAGUUCGGCUUCCAGUGGCCCGAGCGCCUGCGCUGCGAACACUUUCCGCGCCACGGCGCAGAGCAGAUCUGCGUGGGCCAGAACCACUCCGAGGACGGCACGCCGGCGCUGCUCACCACCGCACCUCCGCCGGGCCUGCAGCCGGGGGCCGGGGGCACCCCGGGCGGCCCGGGCGGCGGCGGCGGCUCUCCCCCGCGCUACGCCACGCUGGAGCACCCGUUCCACUGCCCGCGCGUUCUCAAGGUGCCGUCCUAUCUCAGCUACAAGUUCCUGGGCGAGCGCGACUGCGCGGCGCCCUGCGAGCCCGCGCGGCCCGACGGCUCCAUGUUCUUCUCGCAGGAGGAGACGCGCUUUGCGCGCCUCUGGAUCCUCACCUGGUCUGUGCUGUGCUGCGCCUCCACCUUCUUCACCGUCACCACCUACCUGGUGGACAUGCAGCGUUUCCGCUACCCCGAGCGGCCCAUCAUCUUUCUGUCGGGCUGCUACACUAUGGUUUCGGUGGCCUACAUCGCGGGCUUCGUGCUCCAGGAGCGCGUCGUGUGUAACGAGCGCUUUUCCGAGGACGGCUACCGCACGGUCGUGCAGGGCACCAAGAAGGAGGGCUGCACCAUUCUCUUCAUGAUGCUCUACUUCUUCAGCAUGGCCAGUUCCAUCUGGUGGGUCAUCCUGUCGCUCACUUGGUUCCUGGCGGCGGGCAUGAAGUGGGGCCACGAGGCCAUCGAGGCCAACUCGCAGUACUUCCACCUGGCCGCGUGGGCCGUGCCGGCGGUCAAGACCAUCACGAUCCUGGCCAUGGGCCAGAUUGACGGCGACCUGCUGAGCGGCGUGUGCUUCGUGGGCCUCAAUAGCCUGGACCCGCUGCGGGGCUUCGUGCUGGCGCCGCUCUUCGUGUACCUGUUUAUCGGCACGUCCUUCCUCCUGGCCGGCUUCGUGUCCCUCUUUCGCAUCCGCACCAUCAUGAAGCACGACGGCACCAAGACGGAGAAGCUGGAGCGGCUGAUGGUGCGCAUCGGCGUCUUCUCGGUGCUCUACACCGUGCCCGCCACCAUCGUCAUCGCCUGCUACUUCUACGAGCAGGCCUUUCGAGAGCACUGGGAGCGCUCGUGGGUGAGCCAGCACUGCAAGAGCCUGGCCAUCCCGUGCCCGGCGCACUACACGCCGCGCAUGUCGCCCGACUUCACCGUCUACAUGAUCAAAUACCUCAUGACGCUCAUCGUGGGCAUCACGUCGGGCUUUUGGAUCUGGUCCGGCAAGACGUUGCACUCGUGGAGAAAGUUCUACACCCGGCUCACCAACAGCCGGCACGGCGAGACCACCGUGUGAGGGGCUGCCCCAGCAGCCGUGUACCCAGGCGGGCCUCUCCCCCCCACCCCGCCCGCGCGCCCGCACGGGGCGUUGGGGGGGCGCCUUGCCUCUGCGGGGGUGGGGGUGGGGGGCCUCCUACAGACUCCUUAUUUUAUUUUUUUAAAUAAAGAACAAUCGAAACCAUUUCUCUUUUAGGUUGCUUUUAAAGAGAACUCUGUUCGAUGCCCCCAGCAGGUUUGUAAUUAAAACUGUAAAUAGUCUUGUAAAUUUAAUUAUAUAUUUUCUAUUUAAAAGAAAAACGGAAAAAAAAGGGGGGAGCGCCAAGGGGCCCCGAGGCUGAGGAAUGAAGGGAGGGGGCUUUGGGGGGCGUCCUCUCCUUUCUUCAGUGCCCUUUUCAAACACCAUCCCCUACUUUGGUUCGAAUAUUUUGGUGUUUUGGCAGGGCUGGGCCUGCUGGAAGAGGUGUUUCUGGGACGAGGUGGAUGGAGGAGGGGGUUAGAUUCAACUCCCAGAGCCAAAUCUGUGAGCCUUCUCGCUGGGCCUGUGGAAGUCGCUGGGUGUUUCCGAACAAGACUUGGGUUCCUCUUGUUUUAUUCCCUUUCUCUCCCCACAUGACCUGUCUCCUUCACUCGAUCUUUGGAGCAUUCCCCAAAGAGAUCGGGCUAACCCCGCGAGUGGGAUGGGGGGACAGGGCGAGAUGGGGUGCGGAAUGGCCGCCUCCCCCCGCAGGCUGGAAGAUCAUUCUUCUCUUUGACUUUUCUUUUCAGCUUGCUGCCCCAAGCGCUUGGAGUGGGCAGAAAGUGCUUUGUAGUGCUUUGUGAAAUGUGUUCCGAAACAAAACCGCCCCCCACCCCACCUCCGCCACUACCUUGAGUACCAAUCCUGACUGUCUCCAUUUUUAGGGAGAGCCUUAGCUCACAAAUGUUGGGGUUCUGAGAUGCCCUUGUGUCUUUCCCCUUCCCUUGUAGUUGGCUCCCUGCCACUUCCCAACCGAAUAUCUUCUCUGGCAUUCAGUUAAGAAGUUUGCAGGUUGGUUUGUGCUUUAUGUGUGGGUUUUUGUUGUCCCCCCCCCCCCCC